AUUUAACACAUACGUGACCCUGAAAGUACAAAAUGUGAAGAGCACAACUGUAGCAGUGCGUGGCGAUCAACCUUCCUGGGAACAAGAUUUCAUGUUUGAGAUUAGUCGCCUGGACCUGGGUCUGAGUGUGGAGGUAUGGAACAAAGGACUGAUCUGGGACACCAUGGUGGGGACUGUGUGGAUUGCACUGAAGGCUAUUCGUCAGUCGGAUGAGGAGGGGCCUGGGGAGUGGUCCACAUUGGAGUCAGAGACAUUAAUGAAAGAUGAUGAGAUCUGUGGAACUAAAAAUCCAACUCCUCAUAAAAUUUUGCUUGAUACAAGAUUUGAAUUGCCUUUUGAUAUCCCAGAGGAGGAAGCCAGAUAUUGGACCUACAAAUUAGAGCAAAUCAAUGCCUUAGGCUCUGACAAUGAGUAUUCUAUUCAAGAAGAAAGCCAGAGGAAGCCAUUGUCCACUGCUGCCGCCCAGUGUUCUUUUGAAGACCCUGAUAGUGCCGUGGAUGACCGAGAUAGUGAUUAUCGAAGUGAGACCAGCAAUAGCAUCCCACCUCCUUACCAUACGACUUCCCAGCCCAAUGCUUCUGUGCACCAGUUCCCUGUGCAAGUGCAAUUGCCACAGCAGCUGCUACUUCAGGGCAGUUCCAGGGACUCCUGCAAUGACUCUAUGCAAAGUUAUGACCUUGAUUAUCCAGAGCGGCGGGCCCUCAGCCCCACCAGCAGUAGUAGGUAUGGCUCUUCUUGUAAUGUGAGUCAAGGAAGCUCUCAGCUGAGUGAACUAGACCAGUACCAUGAACAAGACGAUGACCGUCGGGAGAGAGACUCAAUUCAUUCCUGCCACAGCUCUGGCAGUCUCUCCAGGGAUGGCCAAGGAGGUUUUGGUGAACAAGUGAAAACCUUGGAGGUGGCAGGUGAAGCUGAGAAGGGCAUAACAUGUGAACCCAAGGAGGUGAAAGAAGAUGCCACAGCUCCUCCUCCCCCAGAUCUGGUGCUACAAAAAGACCACAUACUAGGUCCCCAGGAGAGUUUUCCUGAGGAGAAUGCCUCAUCACCAUUUACCCAAGCCAGAGCUCACUGGAUCCGAGCAGUUACCAAGGUUCGACUCCAGCUACAGGAGAUUCCACAUGAUGGUGACCCCUCGCUGCCUCAGUGGCUCCCUGAAGGGCCAGCCGGAGGGCUCUAUGGCAUUGACAGCAUGCCAGAUCUACGCAGAAAGAAGCCACUGCCACUUGUCAGUGAUCUGUCACUGGUCCAGUCCCGGAAGGCAGGGAUUACUUCUGCAAUGGCUACACGUACCUCUCUCAAGGAUGAAGACUUGAAAUCCCAUGUGUAUAAGAAAACCCUGCAGGCUUUAAUCUACCCUAUCUCGUGCACCACACCCCACAACUUUGAAGUCUGGACAGCCACUACACCAACCUACUGCUAUGAGUGUGAAGGCCUGCUCUGGGGCAUCGCCCGGCAGGGCAUGCGCUGCAGUGAGUGUGGAGUCAAGUGCCAUGAGAAGUGCCAGGACCUGCUCAAUGCUGACUGCCUACAGCGGGCUGCAGAAAAGAGCUCUAAACAUGGAGCUGAAGAUCGAACCCAGAACAUUAUCAUGGCCAUGAAGGACCGCAUGAAGAUCCGAGAGCGAAAUAAGCCAGAGAUCUUUGAAGUUAUCCGGGAUGUCUUCACAGUGAACAAAGUUGCCCACGUGCAGCAGAUGAAAACAGUUAAGCAGAGUGUACUGGAUGGCACCUCCAAAUGGUCAGCCAAGAUUACCAUCACUGUGGUGUGUGCGCAGGGUCUACAAGCCAAGGACAAAACAGGAUCCAGUGACCCUUAUGUAACUGUACAAGUCGGCAAAACCAAGAAGCGCACCAAGACCAUUUUUGGAAACUUGAAUCCUGUUUGGGAGGAGAAGUUCCAUUUUGAGUGCCACAACUCCUCUGACCGCAUUAAGGUACGUGUGUGGGAUGAGGAUGAUGACAUCAAGUCAAGAGUAAAACAGCGGCUAAAGCGAGAGUCAGAUGAUUUUCUUGGCCAAACCAUCAUUGAGGUUCGGACACUAAGUGGUGAGAUGGACGUCUGGUACAACUUAGAGAAGAGGACAGACAAGUCAGCUGUCUCAGGAGCUAUCCGACUACAAAUCAGUGUGGAGAUCAAGGGAGAGGAGAAGGUAGCACCGUAUCACAUGCAGUAUACAUGUCUCCAUGAGAACCUUUUCCAUUACCUCACAGACAUUCAGGGCAGUGGAGGAGUCCAGAUUCCUGAGGCUCGAGGAGAUGAUGCGUGGAAAGUGUAUUUUGAUGAGACAGCCCAGGAAAUUGUGGAUGAAUUUGCCAUGCGCUAUGGCAUUGAGUCCAUAUAUCAGGCCAUGACGCACUUUGCCUGUUUGUCAUCCAAGUACAUGUGUCCUGGUGUGCCAGCGGUGAUGAGCACCUUACUGGCCAACAUCAAUGCCUACUAUGCUCACACAACGGCCUCUACCAAUGUCUCUGCAUCUGAUCGCUUUGCAGCCUCCAACUUUGGGAAAGAGAGAUUUGUAAAACUGCUGGACCAACUCCACAACUCACUGAGGAUUGACCUAUCUAUGUACAGGAAUAAUUUCCCUGUUGGGAGUCCUGAGCGACUUCAGGACUUAAAAUCCACAGUAGACUUGCUGACCAGCAUUACUUUCUUCAGAAUGAAGGUACAAGAACUGCAAAGCCCUCCACGAGCCAGCCAGGUGGUGAAGGAUUGUGUGAAGGCCUGUUUGAACUCUACAUAUGAGUAUAUCUUUAACAACUGCCAUGACUUAUACAGCUGCCAAUAUCAGCUGAAGCAGGAACUACCUCCAGAGGAACAAGGGCCCAGCAUUCGGAACCUGGAUUUCUGGCCCAAACUCAUCACACUCAUUGUGUCGAUCAUAGAGGAAGAUAAGAAUUCUUAUACACCUGUUCUGAACCAGUUUCCUCAGGAGUUGAAUGUAGGAAAAGUCAGUGCAGAAGUGAUGUGGCAUCUGUUUGCCCAAGACAUGAAAUAUGCAUUGGAGGAGCAUGAAAAAGACCGGCUGUGUAAGAGCGCUGACUACAUGAAUCUGCACUUCAAGGUGAAGUGGCUCCACAAUGAAUAUGUGCGGGAUCUGCCUGCCCUCCAGGGGCAGGUGCCUGAGUACCCAGCGUGGUUUGAGCAGUUUGUGCUUCAGUGGCUGGAUGAGAAUGAGGAUGUAUCCCUGGAAUUCCUGCAUGGGGCCCUGGAACGAGAUAAGAAGGAUGGGUUCCAGCAGACAUCAGAGCAUGCACUCUUUUCUUGCUCUGUGGUGGAUGUCUUCACACAACUCAACCAGAGCUUUGAGAUCAUCCGGAAGCUGGAAUGCCCAGACCCCAGCAUCCUUGCCCACUACAUGAGGAGAUUUACUAAGACCAUUGGGAAGGUGCUGAUGCAGUACGCAGACAUCUUAUCAAAGAACUUCCCAGCUUACUGCACAAAGGAGAAACUGCCCUGCAUCCUGAUGAACAACAUGCAGCAACUGAGGGUUCAGCUGGAGAAAAUGUUUGAGGCCAUGGGAGGCAAGGAGCUGGACCCUGAAGCUGCAGACAGUCUGAAGGAGCUGCAGGUGAAACUGAAUACAGUUCUGGAUGAGCUCAGCGUGGUGUUUGGAAACAGUUUCCAGGUACGGAUUGAUGAAUGUGUUCGACAAAUGGCCGACAUCCUGGGCCAGGUCCGGGGAACAGGGAAUGCAUCGCCCAACGCCCGGGCUUCAGUGGCUCAGGAUGCAGAUAGUGUGCUCCGGCCUCUCAUGGACUUCCUGGAUAGCAACCUCACGCUCUUUGCCACUGUAUGUGAGAAGACAGUUCUGAAGCGUGUACUGAAGGAGCUCUGGAGGGUUGUGAUGAACACAAUGGAAAGGAUGAUUGUUCUGCCCCCUCUGACUGACCAGACGGGCACCCAGCUGAUCUUCACUGCGGCCAAGGAACUGAGCCAUCUUUCCAAACUCAAGGACCACAUGGCACGAGAAGAAACAAGGAGUCUUACUCCAAAGCAGUGUGCUGUUCUCGACCUUGCCCUGGACACCAUCAAGCAAUACUUCCAUGCAGGCGGCAAUGGGCUAAAGAAAACCUUCCUAGAGAAGAGCCCAGAUCUGCAGUCCCUACGCUAUGCCCUGUCUCUGUACACACAGACCACAGACACUCUCAUCAAGACCUUUGUGCGCUCACAGACUGCCCAGGGGUCUGGUGUGGAUGAUCCUGUGGGAGAAGUGUCUAUUCAGGUGGACUUGUUUACACACCCUGGUACUGGGGAACACAAGGUCACAGUGAAAGUGGUUGCUGCCAACGACCUCAAGUGGCAGACUGCAGGUAUGUUCCGGCCUUUUGUAGAAGUGACCAUGGUUGGCCCACACCAAAGUGAUAAGAAGAGAAAGUUCACAACCAAGUCCAAAAGCAACAACUGGGCCCCCAAAUACAACGAGACAUUCCACUUCCUCUUGGGAAAUGAAGAAGGGCCAGAGGCCUAUGAGUUGCAAAUAUGCGUGAAGGAUUACUGCUUUGCCCGGGAGGAUCGCGUGCUUGGGCUGGCUGUGAUGCCUCUGAGGGAUGUGGCAGCCAAAGGCAGUUGUGCCUGCUGGUGCCCCUUGGGCCGGAAGAUCCACAUGGAUGAGACAGGCUUGACCAUUCUCCGGAUUCUGUCUCAGAGGAGCAAUGAUGAGGUGGCCCGAGAAUUUGUGAAACUCAAAUCAGAGUCUCGUUCCACAGAGGAGGGGAGCUGAACACAUCUGGCUCCUGUGCCAACCAGCAGCAACAAUUCCACAUAUCAGAGCCAGUGGGAAUUAGCUAUAUAGCCAGCAUAUGGUCCUUAUUGUCAAGAACUUGACCCCUUCAGUUUAAAGAUAUUUAAGGACAAAUUUGGGGUGGUAAAAAUCUGGCUUUUCAUAGAAAGAGUCAUGAAUCUCUGACUAGCAGGUCUAUAGUGAGAGGGGCUAGAGUGUGGGGAAUACCACAUGGAGAGAUUUUCCAUAAAGAGAAGACAAGUAUUUCUGAGAAUGUCAGCUACUCUUGGUAGACAUCCUUCCACUCCACAUCUCAUCUCUACUCCUCUCCAUACCACAUUUGUUAAACACAUACACAUCAUUAUUAGAAGAACAAGUUUAGAGAUCCUAGAGCUUGUGCCUGGCUGGCUAGGUAGUCAGAUGAGCCUAUAGGUAUUGCUGAGCCCUGUGAUUUAGACUGGAGUAUGGUCAGGGAAGAAGCACACAAAGUGUCCCUUGAGCAGAAUCCACUGGUUUUGUAUGCCUCCAAUGAGAUCAAGGCUUUGAAACUGAACAAGAUACCUUCUAGAAAUGAGCUGUGGUAAUCCCUUUCCCCAAAUCAUAUCGUGGUAGAUCAUAUCAGGUAUAUGUGGUGCUUCAGAGCCCUGAGCGGAAUAUUUCUUUCGAACCCAGAUACCAGGGAUCACCUGCCCAGGAGUCCCCCUACCUCACAACUAUAGGCAGGGGAGAGAUGAUUUCUGGACAUGAGAAGCUGUACUUACAUGAAUCUACCUGAGGGCUAACUGAAGGAUCCAGGAGUAUUUUCUUCUUGGGUAGGACCUGAACAAAGCCAAAAAUUGUAGGAACCAGUCUAGAAAGAGUCCUUCUUACCUAUAGCCACUGCCUUCUGGCUGUCCUUCACCUUGCAGAAAGAAUCUAGCCUUUGGCUUCUUUCUCUUUCAUCUGGAUCAGUUGCUGUACCCCACAUAGAUGUUCAACCCUACAGGAGGAGCUUGGACUCUGAUCUCUCUAUACAGGCUGAAUGGAGGCGGCCUCAACACUCCCUAGGAGGUCAGAGACAGACUUUCAGGGGGGUCUCAGAUGGACCUCCCUAGACUUUGCUCAGAUGUAUGACAUGGUCCUUGGAUUUCCUCAGUAGCAGCCUCCUGGACAUCUUAUGACUUGGGAUUGCCCACAGCUGUACUGUCCAGUACAUAAAGCAAGAAACUAAGCAUCUUUGCUGUUAUUGUAUGUGCCAUUGUUACAGGAAA